CAACUUCAAUUUAUCUUAAAGGUAAACAAACAAUUACUCUGUCUUCACUAGGAAAUAAAAUCAAACACAUCAUUUUAGUGUCUUCUUUCUCAUUUGGAAGAUCAUUUAAACGAUUUUUUUUUGUAAGACUUUUCAAUGGAGAAUCUACCAGAGUCACCAUUUUCUGAAUCAACAUUGGGAUCAUCGUCAUCAUCGCCAUCACAGAAAAAUCCUAAUGACUUGAGUGCUCUGACUCCAAAUCAGUUGGUGCUAUUAAUCCAUGAUGCUAGUCUUCGUGAAGAGGUCAUGCAUCACCUCUGCAAGAAGAAAGAUUCAUGCAGAGUUCUAGCUCUGCUGUUGUGGAACAACUUCAAUACAGUUUACAUGCUUUUGCUGGAAGUCACAUCAGCGUAUAGGAAGUUUUCACCCUCAAUGCUAUCUAUGAGGGAAGCAACUCGAGUUUGUUGUGCUCUUGCUUUGUUUCAGGUUUUGGCUAAUAACCCAGAAACAAGAAGGGGCCUCAUAAAAGCUAAAAUACCAUGUUAUUUCUAUCCAUUUCUCAAGCCUUGUGAGGAUCAUGAUGAGCCUUUGGAGCAUGUGAGGAUCACUACCUUGGGUGUUCUCGGUGACCUGACAAAGUUUGAUGAUCCAUAUGGAUCACAUGCCCUUCAUCUCUUCUUGGAAUCGGAAGUGGUGCCUUUGUGCCUGAAGUGCAUGGAUGCAUGUGACGAAAUGUCACGGAAGCUUGCAACUCUCAUAGUUAUGAAAAUUCUGACGCAAGAGAGGGGACUGACCUAUUGUUGUGCUACACCUGAACGCUUCUUCGCGAUAGUACAGGUUCAUGGGGUAAACAUUCUCGUCCCUGCUGCUCAAGUUUCAUGA